GAGGUUGGGACAGCCAAUACCAGUCUGGAGAUUUUAUAUUGGACAACCGUUCCUGAGGGGAAAUUGAAUCUGCUGCUGGGUUCAAGGACAACUUGGCCUGAGUGACACUCGCACGACAGUGCAUUGAUAGCUGAGAUCCUAUCACAUAGUUGGAUUUUCGCAAUAAUCUCGGCAUGCACACUGAUUUAACAUAGAAUCCAUCUUAAUCUUCAGGGAAAUGUCAGGUAUGUUCUACCUCUACUGGAAUAACAGGACCAGCUGCUGUCAUCUCCCAGAAGGCUGUCCUCAUCAAAGCUUUGUUGAGUGAUGCUCAGUGGAUACCUGCAGACGUCCCUGUGGACGAAAGAAACAGAAAGCUGCGACUGAAAAGGCUUUGUCAAGGCAACAGCAAAUUAGCAUCGACAGCCACCAGAAUGAACACCCGAAGAAAAGCAGCACCAAUGGAGAUGGCAGAGGCUGAACUGCAGAAGCAAAGACUCCAAGCCAUAGCAGAGAAAAGGCGGAGGCAGACGGAAAUAGAAGACAAAAGACACCAGCUCGAUGAUAAAAUACUUCAGCUGCAGCACCAUAAGUCCAAAGCCACGCGAGAGAGAUGGCUGCUGCAAGGGAUCCCUGCUGUGUCAGCUGAAGAGGAAGACGCCAGAAGUAAGCAACUCCAAUUGGAUGAGAGCAAGGCAAAAAAACUGGAGGAAGCCAUUAGCAGACUCGAGGUGGAAAUAGAACAACUAGAGACAGAAGAAUCCCAAAUCGCUGCCAAAGAGCAAAUCCUUCGGGAAAAGCUACGGGAAGCUGAGAAAUCUAUCGAGGACUUGCAGAAGGGUUUCUCCAAUCCUGAUGGAGCAAUGUAUGCCAUGGAGGUCAACGUACAGAAAGACAAACUGACAGGAGAAACCAAGAUCGUCUCCACUGCUCUUUUGAAUCCUGAGGGAGUUCAUCAGAGAGGGGUUGCGGUAUAUGAUGAUGGCAGCAAAGUUGUGUAUGAGGUACGUUCAGGAGGUGCAGUGGUGGAGAAUGGAGUGCAUCACCUCACUACAUCGGAAGUAGAUCAGUUGAUACACAGAGCGGGGAGAAUAAAUGUGAGCGGCAACAAAUGUUUGCCAGAAUCGCUGACUGUAUCGGAGAGUAGUGCAUCCCCUGACAAUACCAGGAGCCCUGGAGAUAGUGGACUUAAGAAAGAUAUGAUCCACAAGGAAGCUAAACUGGAAAUGGUCCCUAAAGCGCAUCACGUGGGGAAAGCAAUCCAUCAGAUUCCAACUGGAGAGGCCCCUAAGGCCAGUGCUGAGCAUCCAGUGACGAUGAUCUUCAUGGGCUAUCAGAACGUGGAGGAUGAGGAGGAAACAAACAAACUGCUGGGCUACGAGGGCGCCAUCCAAGCAGAGCUGGUCCUGAUCGACGAAGACGACGAGAAGUCACUGCGAGAGAAGACGGUGACGGACGUCUCUACAGUAGAUGGCAACGCAGCUGAACUGGUGGCUGGCAAGUCCACAACCGAGGCUUCAGAGACACUCUCAGCAGAGGAGAAUGAAGGGACGGACACUGGAACAGAGCCAGCCACAGGGGAAGAAAUAAAUGUCGCAUCCCAACCCAGAGAGCCAAUUGAAUCGACUGUGUUUGACAUCACUGGAAUGGAGAAAGUCACAAUGACUCAUUCAGCAACCUUUGAUGUGGCUGAUAGGUAACCAAUCCUUAUUUCACGGAACUGCUCCAAGGUUGCCAGCUGACUUGAGUGCAGGAGCAGAUUGUCCUUUGAAGCCAUCUCACAGCUCAGUUUUUUAAUCUUUGAAGAAUACAGCAACUAACAGAUUUCAAGCAUAAUGUAUUUGAGAUCAGCAAAAGGAAACCACUGGGACAUUAAAAAAACCAACACGCACCAAUGAUCCGGUAUUAAAUAGGUCAAGUUGGAUUAUCUUUCAAAUAAAGUUGAUUGUACUCAGACCAUAUGAUGGAUU